AUGUGUCGAAUUCUUAAGAAGCUCAGACACUUUAACAUCUCAGUUGUCAUUUGUGUACAGACAGCAAAGAGUUUAAGUAAGGAUGUAAAGAGAAUACUUACUGACAUUGUACUUUUCCCCGGAUUGUCCGAAGACGAUUUCAUGGAACUUAUGAAAGAGUCCAUGGCAGGUAAGUUUGACAGACAUGAACUAUGGGAGAAGUAUAAAGUCAUACAAGACCCUCAUACUUCUUUCAGAAUUCAUAUCUACGCAAACAAAGUUCAAAUUGUAAAAAGUCAAGCUUGA